CAUGCAAACGUCGUAUACUGUGGAAAACAGGCUAAAGCCGACAAUAAUCGAGUUAUGUCGUACUACUUUAUCACAUCUCGGAACACCUAGACAACUUGAUGGAGUGAUUGUUGUCAAUGUUGAUGGCAAAGAUGUUGUCAUAAAAUUCCACGAGAUAUUUAGGCAACAAGAACUAACCGUACAACCAUCACCCAUACAUUCGCUAAUGGCAUCUCAUAGGUCUAGAAAAAGGUCAUUAUGUCAACAGUCAUGUUCCUACUGCGGAUUUCAAUCAAGAGACAUUCUUAAACUACACAAACACUUAGUUAUGCACAAAAAUGUUGGAGCAACUUGGACUUGUACACUGUGCCAGAUCGGAUUUGCCGAUCCCGUAUUUUACGGUGAACACGUUACUACAAUGCAUUCCAGUAUACAAGCACCUAUUUUUCAAUGUGUCCUCUGUCCUCAAAUACCUCCAUUUCGUACAAUUGGCGAGCUAGAAGAACACGAAGCGGAUCAUACGGAUACAACUAAGACAUUUCAAAUCCCACAAAAACGACCAAGGGAUUAUUCGCCAAACUCGCCAAACAGUACCUCAUCCUCAGACGAGCCAAUUAAUUUAAGCACUAAAAACGAUACAGUGGUGCUAAAUGGUUCAUCAGAACAGGAGGAAAGACUCUAUGACUGCGAAUUUUGCUCAACACCAAUACGUGGAUUCGCGGCGUUUGACGAUCAUUGUAGAAGAUUACACCAACGAUAUCCUUGCUCUUAUUGUGGAAAAUCCCUUACACAAAAGGGUAAUAGAGAUCGGCAUGUUCGAUUACAUACGGGUGAAAGACCGUACAGAUGUACAGAAUGCCCACAAGCUUUCACUCGUAAAGACGAUCUCAAACACCAUUGCAGUGUUCAACAUAAUCAGACCUACGUCAAGUGCGAAUCACCGCAAAGUUCGUAA